AUGGCAUCAUUAUCAUAUGUGGGGUUUCAAGUGAGUUGCUCUAUUCAUGAGAGGCCAUCUAUUCCAGUUAACAACGCCUACUUGAACUUGAAGACCGCAUUGUGUUCUGUUAUCAAGCCAUUGUUUGGAGCAUUACUGCAAAAAACUCCAAAUAUCCGAAUAGAACACGUGUCAAAAAACAUGAAGAACACUUCCAUCAAAAUAUUGGAUGCCUUGGUUGAUUCCAUGUUUGAGAUUACUGAUCAACCAUUACUCCCAUCACAGAAAAACUUUGAGCCGGUUGAUGAGUUGGGAGAGGCUGUUGUUAUCAGUAGCAUCGAAGGGAACAUUCCCAAUAAUUUUCCCGACGGCGUGUACGUAAGAAAUGGACCAAACCCACUUCAUGGAGGACUUAAAUCAACAAAGUCAAUGUUUGGAAAGUCAUAUCACAUAUGGGUAGAAGGAGAAGGAAUGCUUCAUGCUCUGUAUAUUAGCAAAGUAUUAAAAUUAGAUGACCAUUAUUCUAAUAAUGACCAAUAUUAUUGGAGUGUCAACUACAACAAUAGAUACGUCCAAACCGAAACUUUUACGCAUGAAAAACUAAGGAACAAACCCUCCUUUCUACCAGCCCUUGGGGGCGAUUCCUUGGCUGUUUUAUCUGCUUAUAUCCUCAAUUGGCUUAGGUUUGGGAUCGUAAACAAAUACAUGAGCAACACCAAUGUGUUUGAACAUUCGGGGAAGAUAUUCUCCAUCGCUGAAAAUCACAUGCCUCAUGAGAUUGACAUUUCUACAUUACAAACAUUAGGCAAUUGGGAUCUUUCUCGAGCUUGGAAUAGACCUUUUACAAGCCAUCCAAAGAGAGUUCCAGGAACUGGGGAAUUGGUUACAUUCGGAAUGGCCCCAACUAAGCCUUAUGUUGAAAUAGGAGUAAUUUCAGCUGAUGGAAAGAAACUAAUUCAUAGGGUGGAUAUAAAACUCAAUCGGUGUCCACUUUGCCAUGACAUUGGAAUCACAGAGAGGUACAAUUUGAUUAUGGACAUUCCACUUACUAUAGACCUAAUGAGACUAGUCCAAGGAGGCCCAUUAAUGAAGUACAAUAAAGAAGAAUAUGCAAGAAUUGGGGUGAUGCCUCGCUAUGGUGAUGCAGAUUCAAUCACAUGGUUUGACGUGGACCCAAAUUGCACAUUCCACAUUAUCAAUUGUUUUGAAGAUGGAGAUGAUGAGGUUGUAGUGUGGGGUUGUAGAGCUCUUGACUCGAUCAUAUCAAGCACACAAGAACAAAUUGACACCUCAACUACAAAUCCUAAUAACUCAUACCAUGAUUCUCCUUACGAGUGGCGAUUAAACAUGAAAAAUGGACAAAUUAAGGAGAGAAAGCUCACUCUUGACACUGAAUUUUCUAUGGAUUAUCCCACCAUCAAUGAAGAUUACACUGGUCUUAAAAAUAAAUUUGGAUACAUCCAAGUGGUCGAUCCUAUCUCCACCACUCCCUCAAAUAACUUACUCAAAUAUUGUGGUCUCGGAAAGCUACAUUUUGCAGAGCUAGAUACUAGAGUUUGUUCGACAAGUGGUGAAUCUAAAGAGGUGGUAAAAAUAGAAUACCAUAUGUUUGAGAAGAACACAUUUUGUAGUGGAGCUACUUUUGUUUCUGCAAAAGGAGGUGUUGAAGAAGAUGAUGGUUGGAUUAUCACAUUUGUUCACAAUGAAGAUACCAACAUUUCUCAAGUUCAUGUGAUUGACUCAAAGAACUUUUCUAGUGAUCCAGUAGCCAAAAUUACAUUGCCGUACAGAGUUCCCUAUGGGUUUCAUGGAACUUAUGUAUCAAUGUAG